UCCAUUGCUUCAAAAAACAGAGUCUCUCUCCUUCCUCUAAAAUGAUGAAGACGCUGUCAUCUGAGAGUAGAAGAAAACGAGAUUCCAAAGCACGGAGGAGAGCCAACGAAGCCAACAGAGAUCUUUGCUUGGAACAACACUCCAUCAUAAUGGUUGAAAGCACAGAUGGUAAGGAUUCAACCAUUCCACAGAAGCUUGAACUUAAGAAACAGCUCCAGCUUCUUGCCAAACCAGUGAUUGCAGAUGCAUCAGAGCCAACCAAAAAAAUUGAUGUCAGGGGCAGGAAGAAGCGUGCUAAGAGGCCACGGGUACUUGUUGUUGAUGUUGGAAGGAAGACCAACAUGGCUACAAUGGAGAUAAUUGACUGAUCUGUUUUGAUCUGUUUUAGAAGUGUAUUUGAUCUGUUUUGGCAGUUAUAAAGUGUAUUUGAUCUGUUUUGGCAAAGAAUUGACAAGUUCAGUUAUAUUGGCUUAUAACCCCUGUUUUGCUCUGUUUUUUACUGUUGGGGUGCACUUCUAAAAAUUUCAAGUUUUUUGGUACUUCAGAUGUAUUUAUAAAAAUGUAAUUUUUAUGGGUUGUGCUUAAC